AUGUUUUUAAUCCUCAUCAAACGAAUUGACCAAGGGACGGAGAACGUGAUCCAGGCCUGUGUGGAGAACGGCGUCCCCAGCCUCCUCUACACCAGCAGCAUGGAGGUGAUCGGCCCCAACCACAACAGAGACCCCUUUGUUCGGGGGAGUGAGGACACGCCGUACCAAGUCAUAAACCAUAUGCCAUAUCCAAGGAGCAAAGCUGAGGCAGAGAGACUGGUGCUGGAGGCCAACGGGAUCCAGGUGCAGGGCGGACAGACGCUGUGCAGCUGCUCCCUCAGACCCACAGGGAUCUACGGCGAGGGCCACCAACUCAUGAGGGAGUUCUGGGAGGAGUGUGUGAGGAGGGGGGGGGUCCACGUGGGGGGCAUCCCGGACCAGGUGGAGCAUGGGCGGGUCUAUGCAGGUAACGUGGCGUGGAUGCACGUGUUGGCGGCCCGCGCUCUCCGGGAGGCGCCGCAGAGCGUGGCCGGUGAGGCGUUCUUCUGCUACGACGACUCUCCGUACAAAAGCUACGAGGACUUCAACAUGCAGUUCUUCGCCGCCUCCAACUUCCGGCGCGUGCGAGUCCCUCUGGUCCUCCUCUUCCUCAUGGCCUUCAUCAACGACCUCCUGCGCUGGAUCCUGAGCCCGGUCUACAACUACACGCCGCUGCUGAACCGCUACACGCUGGCGGUGGCGUCGACCUCCUUCACGGUGGGCACGGACAAAGCCUUCAGGCAUUUCAAAUACACUCCUCUGUACAGCUGGGACCAGUGCCGACAAAGGACGCAGGAGUUUGUGGAUUCGUUUGGGCGCGAUAAAAGAGCGUGA